UCGUACAUAUUGUCGUUACGGUACUCCAAUUACAGCAGCAUUUUCCCAGACAUGGCUGACGUGUUCUCAUCGAAAAGGAAUACCCUCUCACACUAGGCGCCUGGGCUCUCACGUGUUAUCCUAAUCGUGUCCCUUUAACUCUGCUACCGUCUUCUAGCCAAACUCGCCCACACAAGGCUUUCCUAGAGUGCCCCGAAGCCUUCCCAGAGUGUCUCUAGCUUCUCUCGAGAUUCUCAAGCUUCUCUAGAGUGCCUAGGGGCAACAAACCAGUUCAGGUGGUCUUCGAAAGGGAGGACGGACCCGAGAAACAAACCAAUGGCGACGGGAACAGAGGGCGUCGGCGCAGGCGGCAGCGCGUUCAUCACGUCCCUGAAUCCCGCCGCCCUUCGCGCGUACGCCUGUGCCAUGGAGAGCGGCAUGAUCGGCAACAUCUGGUCGCCCACAGCCGUUGGAUCUCCCAAGGUCCUCUCUCCAUCCGCGGCUCUUGUCACGCAGCCGAACCGGACAUUCGACACCCAGAUAUCCCCUAAUACGAAUGCGCGGUACGACGACGAUUAUCGCUCGGGCACGACGGGGGGUCGCGGGCCCGUGCGACGCAGCGACUCCGCGUCGGCAGCGGAAGGGUCGCACGUCGUCGUCGCCGCGGAGCCUGCCGCGGCCGCGCCGCCGUCCCUCGGUAUCACCGGCAGGAGCAGGACGAGCACCGACGCGCCUCGAGUCUUGCCGGUUCCUCUCAGGGCCGGCAGGAGCAAGCCGACGGCGCGGUCGCACAGCCGGACGCGCUCCGUCAGCAACAUUCAGACGAGCGAGUUCGAGUUCCAGUUCCCGCCGCCCCUCGCGCAAGGCGCGCAAGCGGAAGGGCCGACGGCAUUGGUAGUCCCGCCGACCCUGGCGCAAGCGGAAGCGCCAAGGACAUCGGAGGUCGUUGUUGCGGAGCCUGCGCCGCCGUCUCUCGGAACCACCGUUGCCGCUGUCGCCGCCGGCAGGAGCAGGACGACGGCGCGGUCGCACAACCGAACGCGCUCCGUCAGCAGCAUUCAGUUCCACUUCCCCCUGUCGCUCGCGCAAGGCGCGCAAGGGCGCACGGAGGUUACCUCUUCCCCUACUGGCGCUACCCUCUCCGCUGGGGUGAAGGUGGCCACCGCAAAUGACGGGAAGGCCAAGCUCGCCCGCGCCCUCACUGAGCGAUCCAGCGGCGCGAGUGGCGCGGGUUCGCGGCGCGAGUUCAGUCGCAGUCACACCACCUCUGAGCGCGUGAGUGAGUUCUUCACUCCGCUCUCCCCUGCAGCAACCACCGGCGCUGCGCUAGCUGGCGGAACGGCGUCCCCUUCCGCUGGUCGCAGUCGCAGCCCACACAACCCCGCGGCUUCCCCCGAAAUGCAGCGCGCCAAGCAUUCCGCGGCGCCCCGAAAUGCAGCGCCAGGACUUACCGCCCCCGCCCCCGCUCGCUGCUUCCCCGACCUGUACCCGGAUAGCGCCGGCUCCGCCGAUCCGCGCAAAACCUCCCCCGCCAUCCCAUCGGAAUCUUCCUUCGUCAUUGACCUGUAUCCCGCCCCAAGCUCUGUGUUCCCGCGGUUUGCCACCAUCGGGGACGUUCCACUCGUUGACGGCGCGGGCACUGACGGUAACGCUAACGCUAACGCUAACGGAAAGUUGCAUCCGGCGCUCUCCCGUCGCUCCCGCUCGACAGGCUCUCAGUCAGCCGGCGCAUUGGCCGCUAGUAUGGGUCUCGCUAGCAUGCGUGCGGCGACCAGUGGCGGAAGCGGCGGGAUUGGCGGAAGCGCCGGCGUCGGCGGUGGGCGCGCGGGGCCUCGUUCUUCCUCACCCGCUAGUAGCGGCGGUCGGCCUGUCGUGCAACUCGCGCCACGGAUGGGCUUCGUGGAUUGGGCGGGGAUCGGCAGCCCGAAAAGCGGCGGAAGCAGCGGCGGAACCAGCUUUGGCGCCAGCGGCGGCGGCACCAGUGGCGUGGGCAAGCCGAGGUUACAAGCGCUGGAUAGCAGCAAGUCGCCUCCUUCCGCCAGUGCUUCUCCGCGCUUCCCCGUCGCCAUUCCCUCCCAUUCCGCCGCCGCGGCAUCCCCCGCGGGAUCUAUGCCUGGCUCGCGGAGCCUCCCCCCUGCCAUGCUCCCAUAUUCCGCUGGCGCGCCCCCGCUCUCCCCCCUUGGCCGCACCGGCAAUGGCGUAGUUCCGCGCCCCACCCACCGCCGCGCGAUAAGCGCAGCGCAGUUGUCCCCGCGUGUUCCGUCGCCGUCUGCGCGCCUAGUUCGCCCGCCGAGCUCCCCUUCUGUCGCCGGAAAAGCGCCAGGUGCCGCCGCCAACGUCGUCGCCGUCGCCGCCGCCGCCGCUGUCGCGCGCUCUUCAACCCGCGCGCGUGGUGUAGUACAACCAGCGAACGCGGCCGCUUCUACGACUUGCGGACCUGCGGCGGAAGGCGGUUGCGGAGAUGCGGAGGGAACCGGCUCAACUGCGAGGCGCACGGGGAAGCCAAUGCCGAUGCCGCGCAGCGUGAGCGCAGAUCCCGCAUUGGCACAUCCCGCGGGACUUGAGGAGCAGGCGCAGGCGCACGCGCAGGUGCAGCAGCUGCAGGCCAGCAGUCGCGAGCACGUGGGGAACUACCGCCGCGCGGCCCCCGCGCCUCUCGCGGUGCCCGUGCGACGCCGUAACCACAGCAUGUCCAGCGUGGCUCAGGGCGACGCGGCGUCGAAAUCAGCUCUUACGGCGGGAUCAGCUGCGGCGAAUGGCGGCGGACGCAGCGCAAGCGGCAGGGGGCAGGUUUCGCCAGGCGCUGGCGCUUGGCCAGCGCGCAGCCCUGUGGGAACGGCUGGGGGGAGGUUGGAGGGAACUAGCGGCGAAUGUCGUACAGGUGUAACUGCAACGAAGAUAUUCUCGAGUAUUUCGUCAUCGCAGCAACCUCGCGCGCGUGGGGGUUGUGCAGGGGGAUCUGAUGUUUCUGGAGAGUUGUCGCCUGGGACUGUCGCAGCCAUCGCAGCAGCAAGCGCUGCGAUUGGGCGAACGGGAUCGAACCUGUCGCAAACCCUCCCCGCGCGAACAUCUGGCUCCGCUCAACCCUCCGCGCGGUUCACCUACGGCUCCACACCAAACAGCCCAGUCAAGCGCUCGCGCCUGGGCCAAACCGAAGCUGCAGGUUCGGCAUCCAAGCUCGCGAACGCAGUGGCUCGGCUGAAAAAUAUUUCGGGUGGUGUUACAAAUGUAACAGGAAAAACAAAAGUUGGAAAUUCCAACCUCAAUAUAAGUCCACCUGGAACGCUUUCUCCUCCCACAGUCAAAACCCAUCCUGGGAUUCCCACUGCCAGCCCUCUCAGAGCCUCACCUCCCCCAGUUGCACCUAGCCCUCCCCGCUCCUCGCCUUCCCCAGUCGCACCUGCAAGGGUCGGUUACAGCAGCCAAUCUCUCUCACAGCAGCAGCAGCAGCAGCAGCUGAGGCAGCAGCAGGCGUCGAGCAGGAGAACCAGCAGCGUGGAUUUUGACGCCAGGAGCAGCAACAGCAGUGGCAGCAGCAGCAACAACCCUAUGAACAGCAACAGCAGCAGCAGCAGCAGCAGCAGCAGCAAGAGUCCUGUGAGGGCGAGUGGCAGGGGGGGAGCGGUCAUACUGACCAGCCCCUGCCCCAGCCCGUCCCGCGCCCAGGUGGUGUUCAUCGAUGGGAUCCCCAUGCCCCUCCGCAGCGCCCUCAAGAGCCACAGCAUCGACAACGCCCUUGGGAAUACCGGGUCCAACCUUGGGAAUACUGGGUCCAACCCGGGGAAUACAGGGGUAAACCCUGAGGGGAAAGUAGGUGCUGGCCGGAGCAAUAGUGUUAGCCCUAUUUUUCGUGACGGGUCCCCGUUGGUAGGGAGGGGGGUGGAGGAGUGGAAAGGUGGGGGUAUUGGUGGGAAGGAGGAGCAGGUGUUGCAUCCGCAGGUGCAUGCCAGCCCCAGGAGAGUGAGUUUCAGUGGGUUUGUGGAGGUGCAGGAGUAUGUGCGGGAGAGUGAGGGGAGCAAGAGAGGGAGGGGACGGCAGGGAGGGAUGUGAGGGUGCAAGGGAGGCAGGGCUGGUGCUGCAUCGGUAGGGUUUAGGGGGGGGGUGCACUGGAGAAGGGUGAGCUUGUGGAGGCCAAGGGGUAUGAGCGGGAAUAUGUGCAGGAGUAUGUGCGGGAAAGUGAGGGGAGUAAGAGAGCGAGGGGGUGGCAGGGAGGGAUGUGAGUUGGACAGGCACAGAGGCACACACUCUGGGGAGUUGGAGGUGCAGGAGUGGUGGUAUGUGAGGGGAGUAAGAGAGCGAGGGGAUGGCAGGAAGGGGUGUGAGUGGGUUGAUUGAGAGUCGAGGCAAGCACUGAGACUGGGUCUGUGGAGUGGGGUUGGAGGGGUGGUGGAAUGUGAUCCGGGUGUCAACACAAGGGCCAGCUACGCUUUCUAACUGCGGGUUCCUCCAUUCCCUCCGUAUUCCUCUAGGGUUCUUACUUACGUACUUACAGUUACUGAUCCCAAUUGACACUUCUGAGAAUUACCUUCCUGCUCACUCACGUAUUCUUGUUUUGAGUUUAGCCUACAGUAACCUAGGUGCAGCGGCUGUACCUAUCCAGUACCGACUGUAACCUAGGUGCAUUUUAUUUCCACUGUGUAUGAUAGCUCCCCUCCCCUCCCCAGUGCAAC